AUGCAUUUUUCAAUUUUUCUUCCGCUCGUAGCAGCAAACGAUCGAUUACUGAUUUUGAACCAAUGGGUCACCUCGAAUCCAGCCAUUUCCUUCUCUUGGGACGAAAAUAACACUGAGGAUUUUACCCGAACUUACAAGCUGAAACUUGGCUGCUCCGGCGUCAUUGGCGAGAAAAUGUACAUCAUUGGCGCUGAAGGCAUCGCUGGUGGCUUGCCCGACAUUGUCUACGAAGUCGCUGAUUGCGGCGUCAAGGAAACGGACAUCAAACUGCCGUGGUACAUGAGCGCUCAUUCCUGCACCGUUAUCGAUGACGUCAUGCACAUUUGCGGGAGUCAGAUGGAUUUGCACACGAAAGACUGCACUACUUUUGAUGGAACUUCUUUCGGCAAGAAAACCUCCACUCGAAAUGAGCAUUCUUGGGGAGCAAUGGCCGCAUUCAACGGUCAACCAGUCGUUCUUGGCGGCCUUGUUUAUCAAGCUAAGGAUACCGCCUCGGUGGAGACUUUCAACGGUUCAAAAUGGUCAGCUUUGCCGGAUAUGCCUUCGGAAAAGCGAGUCUUUGACGCGAUCGGGCUCGGAAACAAGCUGUGUACUUUCGGUGGAUACAUGGCUGCGACUGGAGAGGCUUCGGACGAGAUCACCUGUUUUGAUGGUUCUUCCUGGUCGAAUGUUGGAAACCUCUUUGCUCCUCGAUAUGGCGCGCGGGUGAUCCAGUACACGAGUCAAGAACUGCUCCUUAUCGGCGGAACUGCGGGUGGAACUAACAGUGUCAUGCCUUUUGAGAAAAUCGACAUCGACACUUUUGAGAGCAAAGUUUCGACCAACACGCUUGUUAGCUACGUCGACUGGCCCGAAACAUUUGUUGUUUCGAAAGAGUUCUGUAGCUGA